UAUUUUACGUCAUGCAAUAAUCGCAAUCAGCAAAUUGAAGUGUAAAUAUGGUGAAGUUAGAAUGUCUAAGCUUUCUUCUAUUCGCAUACUACAUACCAGAAGCAAAUGGAUCGAUACGAGUGUGCAAAUCGUAUAAAGACUUUGCUGUCCCUUGGAGCAAAAAUUGUUGGCGGAAUGACUAUGACGUCUUAGAUUCAUCUGCAAUCGCGCGAACGUGGGGAUUUCACACUGAAAAUUACACUUUAACGUUAGAAGAUGGUUACAUUAUUACCGUAAUUCGAGUUUAUAAAGAGCGUAACAGAAAACAUCCCAUUGUACUAGGACACGGUGCGUUCACGAAUUCAAUAUGUUGGCUAUUUUCGGGUAACAACUCUUUGGCAUAUGUGUUGGGAUAUUUGGGUUACGACGUUUGGAUGGUAAAUUUCCGAGGAACCAGAUAUAGCAAGGAACAUGUAUCCUUGACGUACAGAAGUCACGAGUACUGGAAAUUUACUUUUCAUGACAUUGGAAUACACGACUUAAAGGCAACCAUGGAAUUGGUCAGAAACGUCACAGACAAGAAAGCAAUUUAUCUAGGUUAUUCAAUGGGGACAACUAGUGGAUAUGUUUAUUGCUCCAUGACGCCAGAACACUGCGACAAAACAAUGUUAGGGAUGCUUUCGUUCGCACCCGUAGGUUACUUAAUUGGAAUUAAGGGUGUUUUCUCUAUAGUAGCCAACCGAUCAGUUUGGCCGCUUGCUAGGGCGUUGACUUACUUAUUCUUCAACGGAGAAUUCACCAAACUAACCCUCGUUAAUAAAUUGAUAUACAAGUUUUUGUCUUUGACAGCCGUAGGAAAUUACGCCGCUAUAUUUUUGGUAAAUUUCGUAUUUGGAUUUCACUUUACCGCGUUAGACCCGACCUACAUCCCGGUAGUUAUUAACAGGUUUCAAGACACCGUAGGAGUCGAAGUGAUCAGCCAUCAUUCGCAAAACUAUAAUAAUAAAAACUUUAGGCAGUUUGAUUAUGGUAAAAAGAAAAAUCUGGAAAUAUAUUCACAGGAGCAGCCUCCCGCCUAUCCUCUUCACAAGAUUCCGAUUCCCAUCGCUAUGUUUGUUGGCAAGGGGGAUUUUAUCGCCACUGAAAAGUCUGGUUCAAGAUUGUAUUCACAACUCGGGUCACGAUGCGGUUAUUACAUCCUCGAGGAACGAAGCUGGUGCCAUAAUGAUUUUGUGACUGCUAAAAAUAUACGCGAGGUGCUAUAUGGGAAGGUGAUUAAUAAAAUCUCGGAAAUGGAGAAUGGGGAAUGCGCGUAGCAAUUUGUGUUGCUUUUUUAAUAGAUUUUUAUCGAUUGUAUGUAAAAUACUACUUGCAUUAUAGCGCAGU